AUCAAAAUGGCCGAUCAAACGUCAAACUAAAGCAAAUGCAAGCUGCUGUUAUUUUUCUAUUAUAAAACACAUGCUAACUAAUUCCUAGUAUCUAUGUACUUAAAAGCAAUAAAAUUUGAGAAUUCGUAAGAAGAGUGCGUGUUCAAAUGAAUAAAUUAAACCCGUUAGCUGGUUUAGUCGGCUAUGGAGAUUCCGACGACGACUCCGACGAUGGGGCGCCGAGUUCUGUUCGAAUGCCUAACGCUAACAUGGCUGUUGCUCACGGGGCAUAUCCAGAGCUGCCGUUGCACCCCCCAGGAGUACAUCCAGCACCUAUAUCACACUGUCCCUGGUCAGCAUGUUAUGAUGAGAGUAGUGGUUUUACAUACUACUGGAACCAACUCACCAACGCUGUGACGUGGGAAGCACCACCGGAAUACCUACUUGCCCUGAAAUUGGCACAGCAGCAGUUGCAUGCACAAGGAACUUCAGAAGUGUCAGCAGAAGAAUGGCAACUGUACCAACAAGUCUUAGCUGAGAAACAAGGGACCCAAGGCAAGGUGCCUGUGAAACCAGGUGCCAAAGUAAAGACAACUCAGAAAUCACCAGCUGAAAAGACUAAUGACAAGAAACGUAAAUUAAGUGAAGUGGAGGAAGAGAAAAUAGAACUAAUCACAUCAUAUCACAAUUCGGACUCGGAAUCUAAUGACGAACCUGAUAGUCCUGUGAAGACUGCACCACCGCCACCUGCAAAGGUAUCCAAAACUGCCAAAAAGCCAAAGUCAAAACCUGUAAUGCAAUAUGGGCCAGCGUUACCUCCAGAUCAAAAUUACACUACUCCCAUAGGCCCUGAAAUGCCACAAGAAUUGCAUGAAGUUAAAGAAAAAUCACCAUUACCCCCUGAAAGUAAAACAGAAAAUGCUGUACCCAAACUUGAGGAAAACAGCUCUACUAUUAUAGUAGAUAAUGAAGACAGUCAAGACGAAAGUGCGUUAUUAACGAAAUUAAAAGAUAAAGCUCAAUUGUUAGAAAGGUUGGGAGGGGAAAUACCUUCUGAACUCCAUAAAAUAAUAUAUGACGACUAUCAGUCAUCAAAUAAGUCAAAAGAAAGCUUAGAUGCUAUAGAUAAUAUUGAUGAUUUAUUGAAUGAAAUAGAAAAGAAAGAACUUCCAAAGAUCAAAGCUAAGAAAAGUGAUAAAUACAUUGAUGUUGAUGCAAAAUCACCAAAAAGCAGGGAAGUCACUCCACCCACCGAAGCCAAACCAUUGUUCCCAAGUGUUCAGAAUAUUAGUGAAGUGAACAUACCACAUGUGAAUGAUGAUGAUCAGAAAUCAACAGAUAAGAGUGAAAUAAUUAAUGUAUCAGAGAAAAAAGGAGCCAAUCUAUACCUAAUGAACACAGAUGUAACUAUGGAAAAUACACAAAGGAAGAAACUCAGAAUUUCAAACUCGGUAUUGCCAGAGCGCAUGAGGAACGAAAGUCCUGUAUACACGACAAAAUACGCGCAAAGCAUCGACGGGUUUACCAGCGAGAGAACUGGGUUAGGUUUUAAUAAAGAGGACCAAGAUGAUGAAAGUCCAAAGAAUACGACGUCGCACGGAAAUACGAUAUCAUAUGGGAAUGGUCUGACUUUUACUAAAGGAGAGACUUUGAAUGAAGAGAAAAGAGAUGAGGAUUUAGAUGAUUUGACUGAGUUGGUCGAGGCUAAGCUGAAGUACUUGAACCAGCUGCAGCCAUGCAUCCUUACUCCGGUGCAAGAGAUGCUCAUACAGAUGCAGACGCUGGCGGGCGCAUACCGCGCGGGCGCGCUGUGCGGGCGCUGGUGGCGGCGCCGGGCGCAGGGCGCGGCGCGCGCGCUGCGCCACCACGAGGCCGCCGCCGCGCCGCCCGGCUGGACCCUCGCCUUCCAGAGGUACGACCCCCACCGACCACCCGACACCACGUCGCAUGACGUCUCACCACCUCCCUCCGCGUGCGGCCGCGUCUCCACCUUCCCGACAGACUACGCGUACUGUGUCGACAGCUCUCCCGAUGCCGACUACUCGCAGAGUGUCUUUAUACUUCGUAACACAAUAUUUGUGUGUCUAAAUUUUAUAUCCACUGUGAUUUUCCUCAGCAGUAUAUUAUUUAAUUCGAUAAAUUAUAUCAUUCUCCAUUGUUACUUAAAAAUCGAAUUAACAUCACUAUACAAAUAUCUCAUUAAUAUUACAAAUCACAUAUUAUGUCAAAAACUAGGCAUAGUUUUAAGAAGUGAUAUCAAGAAAGAAGAGGUCGGAGACACAGUGUGGUCGUCGCGCCGGGGACUUGAAAGAAAUCAUUUCAUUUCAAUUAAAUUCAUGUUUUUUUUAUUACAACACAACAACAUAAUAUCAAAUAUACCAGUUAUAAGACUAUUUUCAAAAUAUAAGCUUAAGAUGACUUCCGCCGUGAAAUUUCAGGACAUACGCUUUUCAUCUCCACUACCUGUGUAUUGUCAAUGUGUGUUUGUGCUGCACAGGUCCGAGGGACGGUACCAGUACCGGCGCGAGUCGGACGGGCUGGUGCAGUGGGAGUACCCGGCCGUGGCGGACACUGACAUGGACAUAUGCACCACGCCGCCGCAUCCUGGCAUCGACGGGAAGGAGGAGGCGCCGCCGCUGCCGUGCUCGCCGGCGCACCUGGCGCCGCCCCCGCCGCCGCCGCCCGCGCCCCCGCGCCGGCCGCGCCCCGCGCCGUCGCUGGCGCCGCCCCCGCCGCCCGCGCCCCCGUCGUGGCGCGCGCAGACGCCGCCGCCGCCGGCGUGGUCGGACCCGCCGCCGCCCGGCUGCGACGACCUGCCGCCUUUGCCCACGGAAAGCAAACGCGAAAUAAGUGACGAGCUGAUGUCAUUCUACAACGACAUCGCUGAACUAGAGAAGACCACUUCAGAACCACCCACAGCGUCUAACUCGCGAGAACCAACUCCGCCGUCAAUAGAACACAAAGAAAAAGAUAAAGACAGAGAGAAGGAGCGGGAGAAAGAAAAGAAGAGAGAAAGAGACAGGCUGAAAGAGAAAGAGAGAGAUAGAGAGAAGGACAGAGACAGAAAAGACAAGGAGUCUAAAGUGUCUAAGAAAAAAUCGAAGGUUAAAAUUUCAACAUCAAUGGGUUUGAAACACAAGUCCGUGUCGAGUCUAGUGGCGAAGUGGCAACAGGUCGCAGAAGAAAUUAAUUCUGACUAGUAAAUUUAU